GCGGGAGACGGCCUUCCGCGGAGACACGCCACCUGCGCCGCCACCGCGCACUCGCUCUCCGGCCGCGGCAGCAGCACCGACAGCGUCGGUGGCUCCCCCCUUUCGCCCCCUUCGCCCCCGCGCACCAUGGCCCCCGCAGCCCCUCGCCUCGUCCUCGGUCUUCUGGUGCUGAGUCUGUGCUGUGAAGCUUGCAAGAAAGUGAUUUUUCAUGUUCCUUCUCAACUAGAGGCCGAAACCUUAGUUGGCAGAGUUGAUUUGAAAGAAUGCCUUCAGUCUGCAGAAUUUAUCAGUUCCAGUGAUGAGAACUUCAAAGUUCUAGAGGAUGGGUCUGUCUACACAACUUCUGCUGUUUCCUUGUCUGCUGAGGAAAAGACUUUUACCAUACUACUUAAAGAUAGUCAAGAGCAAGUACAAAAGAAAAUACAUGUUAACUUGGUGGAAGAAGAAAAAAAGCCCCAGCCCCAGAAGACCAGACAUGCUAGAGAUACAAUUCUCAAGCGAACCAAAAGAAGGUGGGGCCCUAUUCCAUCUGUUAUGAUAGAGAACUCACUGGGACCUUUUCCACUGCAAAUUCAGCAGGUCCAGUCAGACACAGCUCAGAACUACACCAUUUAUUACUCUGCAAGUGGACCAGGAAUUGAUCAGGAUCCAAAGGGUUUGUUUUACAUAGAAAGGGAAACUGGAAAUAUCUUUGCUACUCGUGCUGUCGACCGUGAACAAUACCCCAGCUUUCAGAUCAUUUGCUUUGCAACCACCCCCGAUGGUUAUUCACCAGAGGUACCACUGGUGCAUACGAUCAGGAUAGAGGAUGAUAACGAUAAUGCUCCGUAUUUCACACAGGAUGUUUUCCAGUUUUCUGUCCCUGAAAAUUCCAAACCUGGUGUAGUCGUCGGCAGAGUGACUGCAGAGGACAGGGAUGAGCCUUACACUCUGCACACCACGCUGAAGUACCGCAUUGUGUCGCAAACCCCGCCAGUGACCCCAGCCUUUUCUUUACAUGGGGACACUGGGGUCAUUGCUGUGUUAUUACCACAGCUGGACAGAGAGCUGGUACCCAGUUACACUCUGUUAGUUGAAGUGAGAGACAUGGCAGGUCAGCCUUUUGGUUUGUGCACUACAGGAACAGCUGUCAUUAGAAUCGAAGACACAAAUGACAAUGCACCAUCCUUUAGACAGUUGCAGUAUGAAACUCGAGUGGAAGAGAACAGAGUGAAUGUAGAAGUGCUGAGAGUCUCUGUUGUUGAUCUUGAUGAACCUGGUUCACCUGGCUCAGGAGCAGUGUAUGAAAUUAUAAGAGGAAAUGAUGAUCAGUCCUUUGAAAUUACAACAGACAGAAACACAAAUGAAGGAAUACUGUGUGUAGUGAAGGGACUGGAUUAUGAAAGUGCCAAGCAAAGGGUCCUGGUGAUUGCAGUUAACAACGAAGCACCCUAUGCUCUGGCACCCCAUUCCCAACAAGUGUCCCAGAGCACCAGCACUGUCACAGUGCAUGUCAUGGACGUGGAUGAGGGCCCAGUGUUCAAGCCCUGUUUGCUUCGCAUAGAUGUUAAAGAGUGUGAGGAUAUUGGGACCAGCAUUGGGAGAUACGUAGCAGAAGAUCCAGAAACUGGAAAUAGUGAAGGCAUAAGCUACCGGAUACCACCUGGGCAGUGUAAUUGGAUCAGCAUUGAUGAAAGAUCAGGUGAAGUCAGAACCAUUAAAGUCUUGGACCGAGAUGUAGGUGAAAUGAGACGAGGUCAAUGCAAUAUCACAGUCCUUGCAGUAGACAGAAAUGGCAAGACAGGAACUGGAACAAUUCAGGUUUACAUCCAUCCUGGGAACAAGAAUUACCCACGAAUCACUAAAACUGACUUUACAAUGUGCAGAGACAGGAAACCCAUCUGCCUUACUGCCCAGGACGGUGACGAGUCUCCUUACAGCACUCCCUUCGUCUAUCGCAUCACCGACCGCAACAUGGCCUCCAUGUGGAAGAUAACUCGACACAACGAUAAUUCUGUGUAUCUUGCACCAAGGGAUGAUGUUCCAUAUGGAGUGUAUGAUAUUCCUAUAAGCGUGACUGAUAACGGGGGGAAGGUAGGAGAGAGCCAAGUCAGAGUGAACGUCUGUGAUUGCACGGCUCCAUCCGAUUGCAACGGCACAACCCGGUACCUUUCCGGUGGAAAUGUCACUCUUGGCAUAUGGGCCAUCCUGGCUAUGAUCUUAGGAUCACUGUUACUACUCUUAAUCCUGAUCACCAUUUGUGGCUGCUGUGGUGCUGGGGCAAUGCAGAGGCAUGUGACUGAUGAUUGUGCCAAUCACAAUUUAAUCAUUUCAAAUACAGAAGCUCCAGGAGAAGAAGUGAUGGAUCACAAUAUAAUUCCUCUACAAAACACAUGUGAUCAAGGAGGAUAUGGAGUGAAAACAGGAGAUCAACAAACCUUUGAAAUGGUAAAAGGAAGAGGGCACACCUUGGAAUCGGUCAAGGGAGGUGGACAUCAGACUCUGGGAUCAGUUAAAGAAGGAGGAGGGCAGCCCAUGAUGGAAACCUGCAGAUACUCCUACUCAGAAUGGCACAAUUUCACACACCCUCGUUUAGGUGAAAAGGUGCAUCUAUGCAGACAGGAUGAAGAACAGAAGCAUUCUGAAGAUUAUCUCCUUUCAUAUAACUAUGAAGGAAAAGGAUCCUUGGCUGGCUCUGUAGGCUGCUGCAGUGAUCAGCAUGAAGAAGAGGCACUUGACUUCUUAGAUCAGCUGGAACCCAAGUUUAGGACACUAGCAGAAACAUGCAUCAAAAGAUAAAUGUGCCUUUCACAGUGCUGAGGGAAACUGUAAAUAAGUGGCCUUUGUGAUGUUAGGUAUUAUGGAAUUGAGGAGGGGAGAGGUUUAUCGACAUUAAUGUAGACCAGUGAGAGUGUCACUCACUCUUACUUUGCAACAGGUUUUUUGGUUUCUGCUAGACACUUUCCAUCAAGAACAAGGGAUUCAAAAUGGUUUUUUUUUGGUCUUUAGACUAUGUUGAUAACAGUGAUGCUAGUCUCUACUUUGAUUACAUUUCCUCCUCUUUGUGGUUUACUUCCAAUGCAAAAACUUGGUGGUGUCCUUUUCGUUACUCAGCUUCGAAGUUUUACUGUAUUUGCUUUUGGAGAAGGGAAACUUCUUAGGUGGCUGUUUCUUUGUUCUCUUCUA